CCUGCAUUUGAGGGACAGGGAAGGGAUAUGGUGCACCAUAUUGCUAGCUCUAACAAAUUUCUUGAAUCAAAUUGGAUGUUUCUCUGUACAAAGAUUAAGGAAUUUCUUGAAUCAAAUUGGGUGUUUCUCUGUACAAAGAUUAAGGAAUUUCUUGAAUCAAAUUACCCUCUUCUGAAAAUUCUUUUUUCUUGAACCCCCAUUUUCCAAUUUUCAAAACCCUAACAAAAUUUCUUGAACCAAAUUGCUGUUUCUCUGUAGAAAGAUUUCAAGAAUUUCAACAAUCUCCCAUCCGAGACUUCUGAAAGUUCUUUUUCUUGAACCCUAACUCUAUUUUUGUACAGACAAAAUCCCCAUUUUGUUUCGAUCACCAUUUCUCAAACAAGUUGCUGUUUUCUCAAUAUGAAGAUUAUUAAGGAUCUCGACAUGGAUCAUUUCAACAGUCUACCACUCGAGUUUGCAUCAGAGAUAUUAGCUCGUGCACCAGCAAAAUCGGUGCUUGAAUGUAAAUCAGUCUGCAGAAAUUGGAGAAAGAUUGUUGAUACUGUUAUGAAUGAUCCAUUAUUCUCUUUCUUUCAGAAGCACUUGUAUCAUGUCAAUCAUCCAUCUGCUGCUGCUGAAGAUUCUGGUAUGUUGAGUUUUCUUGCUUAUACUUCUAGUGGAUUUCAAUUUUUUGAAUACGAUCAGAAUCUAGAAUUAACAAUACCCCUUGGAAGAACUAGAGAGAUUAGUUCAACAAUUGAUUUUGGGGGUCGCCAUAUUGGCUCCUGCAAUGGUUUAAUCUGUCUUUCACCACAUCAACCUAAAGGACUUGUUUGUAUAUGUAACCCUUUCAUCCAAGAAUAUGUUUUGCUUCCAGACAUCAGGAUGGGUCGAUUUGAUGAUUACCAUGAGUUUAAUGUUUGGUCUAUCGGAUUUGGUUACGUUGCUGCAACAAAUGAGUACAAAGUUGUAGUUACAUUUGUGUCCAAGUCCAGUAUGUUGAAAGUCCACAUAUACACUUUGGACAGUGGCAAUGGAUGGAGAAACCUUGGAAAGUUUAGUCUUAACAAAUUCGCCCCAUGUGAUCUUGUACAUGGCAGCUUUGCAAACGGAGCUAUAUAUUGGAUUGGCAGGAAUGUCAACAAGAUCGUGACCUUCGAUUUGAUUGAGGAAAAGUUCUGCCAACAUCUUGCGCUCCCUCCUUUGUCACGAAGGCAGAAAAAGCUUCAUCAAAAACUAGGGGUUUUGGAUGGGCUUUUGUAUAUUGCAAUUGAUACAGAAGACAAAUAUUUUGACAUACGGCUAUUGAAAAAGAAGAAUGAUAAUGGCGUCAAGAAAGAGGGAGAGAGACAUCAGUCAUUUGAAUGGAGUAAAGAGUAUAGGGUUGACAACGAAUUAUUAGCCGUUACCAAGAAUGGUGGUGUUCUAACUUACAAUGAUGAUGAGGGCUAUGUCUAUCUUUACGACACAGAAGCUUCAACCUCGAAAGAGCUUGUGGAGUUUGAAGACGAGUUUCUUCAAGUAUUCCCUCACAAGAACACCUUCGUAUCGUUGAAAGAAUUGAAGGAAGAAGAUACACAAAAGAUGAAGCCAGUUAAAAGGAAGCAGGAAUCUUUGAUCACUUUCAAGCAGCUGCAGGAGGAUGCGAACCCUGACUAGAUACUUAUAAACGGUGGCAUUGAAAGUGGUGGUCCUCUUUCAAAUGAAGCUAAGAAAGCUCUUUCUGCUGCUAAGCUUUCUAAAGUUGCACUUGUUGAUCCGAAGCGUUCCAAGAGGUUCGGCUGAUGCUUGUAUCCGUUCCAGCAGUAUGCAUUACGGCUGGAAUUACUCUUUCUUGAGCUUUUGACGUGUCUUCACAAGAUUAGCCAAAUUUCAAUUGCCUGACUACUAGGGGAUUCUGAUGUAAGCUUGUUUCUGGUUUUCUUGCUUGUGCACAUUCUUGCUAUCAUGUGGUGAGUUGAGGUUGGGAUAGAACGCUGUUCACGGCGUAACCAAGGCUGAUUGAAAUGCGGCUGCUGAGAAAAGUGAAGGAACAUUCACUAAGAAGAACAAGGCUGAUUUAUUAACUUCACCAACAGGCAGUCUACACGGCAGUAGUUCAGCAUCAUUACGGGGUAUAAUCAUUGAAUACCCAAAGUAACCUUCUUAUCACGGACUUCGCUUUCCAGUUAACUGGCCCAUCUAUGGCCCAUUUUAUCACCAUUCUUUUGAAUUCGGUUACAACUUACAACAGCAAUCUAUUUAAGCGUGUUGCAAUUCUCCAGGGAAUAGUCACAACUCGCAAGGGAAAAUAGUUUUUUCUAUUGUUCAGACUACAAUAAUCCUUAUUCCAAUAUUUGAGAGUUCUCUUUUCAUAAGAA